UGCUGUUGUGCAGAAAGUUGCCAUUAAGUCUCCUUGUCGGGGUUUAUGUUCAGCUCCUCCAUCAGCAGAGCCAGUCAACGUGGCUGGUGUCAAUAUUUGUGGCAUGAAGUCAUCUGUAAGUUAGUGUUUGCUGUUUAAUGAGCUACUUUUUAUUUAUUUUUUUUAUUUUUUUCUACACAGAUCCCUCAGAGACUUACACAGAGGGAAGCUGCCAUCGUUUGAUGUCCAGUAGUGAAUCAGGAUCUGAGUUUCACUACAACCGAGUCUUGAGUUUCUGGUCUGGAUGGCCACAGCUGCAGAGGAGCCUCCAGGGCUGCAGGGCCCCGCAGCCUAUUCGCCUGGGACUCGAAAAAAUGCUUCUCCGGAGAGUCCGAGCACCAGCAUGUCUCAGAACAUGAAAAAGACUAUCGGCCAUCGUGGGAUUGAUCCCACUGGGGAAACUACAUACAAGAAGACAACAUCAUCAGCCCUGAAAGGUGCUAUCCAGUUAGGCAUCACACACACGGUAGGCAGCUUAAGCAAUAAACCUGAGAGAGACGUCCUGCUGCAGGACUUUGAAGUGGUGGAAAGCAUCUUCUUUCCCAGUGAGGGCAGCAACCUGACACCAGCACACCACUAUGGCGACUUCAGGUUCAAGACGUACGCCCCAAUCGCCUUUCGCUACUUCAGGGAAAUGUUUGGCAUCCGGCCUGAUGACUACAUGUAUUCUCUGUGUAACGAUCAACUGAUUGAACUGUCAAACUCUGGGGCCAGUGGAUCUCUGUUCUACCUCUCUACUGAUGAUGAGUACAUCAUUAAGACAGUGCAGCACAAGGAGGCAGAAUUUCUGCAGAAACUGCUUCCGGGAUACUUUAUGAACCUGAACCAGAACAGGCGGACCUUAUUACCAAAGUUUUAUGGACUCUACUGUGUCCAGGCAGCGGGUAAGAACAUCCGUAUUGUAGUCAUGAACAAUCUGCUCCCGAGCGCUGUACGAAUGCACCUCAAGUAUGAUCUAAAGGGCUCCACCUACAAGCGACGGGCCUCAGCAAAAGAGAGGGAAAAGGCUGUGCCCACAUAUAAGGACCUGGAUUUCAUACAGGACAUGCAAGAGGGGCUGCUAAUGGAGUCGGAUAAGUACAGUGCUGUUUGCAAGACCAUCCAGAGAGACUGUCUGCUUUUGCAAAGUUUCAAGAUUAUGGAUUACAGCCUCCUGGUUGGAAUCCACAAUCAAGAUCAGGCUUGUCGAGAGCAGGCUAGCGAAGAGGCAGUGGAUGCAGCUGCGGACCAAAGGAGGCCACAGGGCCAAAAGUCCCUGUACAGCACUGCUAUAGAGGCCAUCCAGGCUGACGCAGGGAGCAAGGGAUCAACGGACACAGAAGACAAAACGGGAGGCAUCCCAGCACGAAACUCAAAAGGCGAGAGGCUGCUGGUGUAUAUUGGUAUCAUUGACAUUCUGCAGUCCUAUAGAUUUGUAAAGAGGCUUGAACACUCAUGGAAGGCUCUAGUUCAUGAUGGGGAUACUGUAUCGGUACACAGACCUGGUUUCUAUGCAGAACGAUUUCAGAAAUUCAUGUGCACUGUAGUCUUCAGGAAGAUCUCAUUAAAGACCUCCCCAUCUAAAAAGCGCCGGGCAGCGACACAUGUUCCUUUGAAGAAGACUGCUGGUUCUGUACCAUCUCUUUUUGCCCAAACCAACAGCAGCAACCAGCACACUUUUCUCCAACAUCAAGUCAGCUCUGAGUCCAAAGACGGUGAAGGAGACAAAGUCAUCCAGUCAGGUCGUCCUGACCUCCUCCCAAAAGCCUUACAGCCCAGAGACGCUUCUGGCAACUCUACUGAAACCGCCGUCUCCUCCUCCUUGAGAAAUCCUGGACUUGCUCCCACAAGUCAGCCUCCGUCUGACUCUCAGGAUACCAGGACGUCAGUGGGAGUGGAUUUAAACAACACAUUGAGCAACGAUGAGGAGCACAGCACCCCCAAGAGAGUUCAGUUUGAGACUCUCGAAGAAAGUAUUGGCGGCGAGGACGUGAUCUCCCUCAGUGACAUUGUUCCUAACGCAAGCAAAUGCUCUGUGUGAGAAAGAUAAUGGGAGUGAAAUCAACUGAAACAAGCAUGGAGGAUGUUAUUAACGUGGUUGAAAUGUUACAACGCCCCCUUGGUGUGAUUUGAGGUACCACAACUGCAAAAGUUAUAACGUAUCAGCGAGACCAAGUGGGAUAUUUAAAUGCUUUUUGUUGUUGUUUUUGCACUUUGAUUUCCAAAUCUCAACAUGGUAUGAGCACGUAAGUAGGUGGUUGUGUUCCGACACUAGUAAAAUACAUUAAUGCUGUGGUUAUUGAACACUAUUAUUCACCUCGUAGGAAUGCUUCUGGAUUGUUCUUGGCACAGAUGUUUUACGACUACUCGCUCGAUUCGGUGAGGAAUGUAACAUGGUGACAUUUUUUAUCAAACUCAUUGUCUUCUUUUUGGAAUUAAUUCCUCUUUUGUGUUUACCAAAAUGCUGUAGCACAUCCUCAUGCAUUUGUUGCUCUGUAAGUGUCUGUGCCACCACCUAAAGGCCCAUAUAGCCUUUCUGCUAUAUGUUUGACUUGGAUGAUUAAACACAAGACCAUAUUAUGUGAAUUGGGAACGCAGUUUUAAAUAAAAGGGUUUAUUUUUUAAAGAAAUCAUUGUUAUAAGCUGACAAUUUUUAAGCUUAUUCUGAAUGCAAAUUAUGCUGGAAAAAAAGUGAUCCUCAGCUUGCAGUUUCUAUUUAAAGGUUAUAUAUAAGAGAUUUAAAACAUUAAUAUAGCAGCAAACAACUAUCUGUUACACAAAUAUAUAGAUGGUGUCCUGAGCAGAGAAUAACAACACUCUCUCUUCUCCUGUGUCGUUAUCGCAGCCUCUCUGUGCUUCAUUUUUAUUUGCUUUCACUUUAACUUUAACCUGGCCAUGCAUGUUAGUUUCUAACUAAGGAGAGAGACUGAAACUGCUGUUUUUCUCAUCUAUGUUGGUGAAUUAAGGAUUUAUUUUGACCUAUUGGUGAUUUGGAACAGUGGAAAGACUAACAACGAUGAUUUUGGUAAAUUUUACUUUGUUUCAGUCUAGUUUGAAGUGUGUUUAACAAGGUAAAAUUACUGGUUUUGUCAAUAGAGUCUGGCGUGCACAGUGCCCGAUGUUUUGGCUCAAGAUGCUGGCAACAUCUUCUAGCAAGUGAAUUUCGUAGAUAUAACCUUUAACCAGCUGUUCGAAUGGACCUUUUAAAGACUGUGAAGCCUAAAUGUCAUCUCUCACUUUCUGGUCAAAGGUUUAUUUUAAAAAGAGUUUUUUUUUAUACUUACCAUAUGAUCUGAUAUCAGUUUCAGGUUUAGUGUUUAGACGGAACAAACGGUGACCUGGGGCCUGUCUCAUGAAGCAAGACUAGUGAGAUAGUCAGAGUUUGGAGUGAACCUCUUUCUUUUUCAGAGUUCUCUUGCCACGAUGGCAACUAAUGCACCAGACCAAACCUGCAAUAAUGUGGAUCAUUAUGUACAAAAGAACCACCUGCUUACCAAUCAAUUGUUAGUAAGUAAAUGUAAUCACAUUAAAGUGGUAUGUACAAAAGAGCAUAGCAUGACAUUAUUAUUAUUAUUAUUAUUAUUAUUAUUAUUAUUAUUAUUAUUAUUAUUAUUAUUAUUAUUUCCAUGGACACAUUGAUAUGGCACUAUCAUAAAUAACAAGAGGUCACUGGCAUUUAUCUAAGCAUCUGAAACCAGCCCUCAUCCAGUUGCAAAACAACAGCAGCAGUUUAGACCUGAAGAUAGAGCAAUUUGCACCAUCUACAGGCAAACAAAGCAACACCUUGAGCACCUUGAGCAGUUUUAACUCAGGUUACAGCCAAUAAGUGUUAGAUUUUUGUGUGUGUGUAAGUACCGGUAUGUGUAUGUCUAUUGCUGUUAUAUAUUUUACAUUUUAAGCAAACAAAAAGUCAACAUAUUUUGUCACAUAGAGUAGAAAUACUUAACCGAUUGAAUUCGUCCAAAGAAACAAACUAGGGUGGGACGCAAAGGACAAAAGGCAAAUUAGCAAUGUAGGUCGGGAGGAGUUUUAAAUUUGCUGUGAAUAUUUGAACAACAAACUCUGGUGGAACUGCGUCUUCUUUGUAUUUUUAUGUACACUUUUCCACUAUAUGCAGUGGCCUGCUGCUAAUCAAUUACUUUCCACUCUUGGCUACUCAUACUAUAUGUCCACACUGAUUUAUUAUGCAAUGCUAUUUGAUAGUGAUAUUAUUUUAAGAUUUUUGUAUACCUGUUCCUGCUUUUUAUAUUCAAGUGGUGAAUUUAGUAUUUCCUAAAAAAAAUACUCAUGUUAUAUUAAUGAUAAUGUUGGUAUAUUUUGUUGACCAUCUCUUAUUAACUUCACCUUUGUGGAUUUGUUCAUGUUGCAUGUGCCAGGAUUAACAGAGCCAGUUUUGUGAGCUUUGUGAGACAGGUUAUCCACAAUUGUCAAUGUUUAGUGUAGUGAGGCUGAUAACUUAGAUAUUUUUGAGACAGGCCCCAACUCUCAUAUAGUUGCUCUAGCAAAACAUGGUGAUGGCUACCUGGUGGAUAAAAGUAUAACACAGUUUGUCUGCUUUUUAUUAACUUAAACUGGUAGACUUAGUAUUGGUGGAUUAAUUCAAGUUGGUUUUAGCACUCAAAACGGGUGUGCAGUGUUUUAACUUGAUGUUAUCACUUUAACUUGCCAGGUUUUACAGAAUUGUUUGAUAUUUGAAAAUGAAUUUUAGUCUUGAAAGAUGCUUCAAUUAUGCAACGAAAGUCUUUGUUCACUCCAUAUUCAAUUUCCCAACCAAGAUAAAAUGAACAAGCAUGAUUUGGGCAUUUUUAUACAUCCUGUAAAUGGUUUAUAGUGGUUAUUUUAUUCUGUUGGCUGAUAAUUGUCAGGCAAUGCUUGUUCGAAUAUUUAAAAUGAAACUGUGACUUACUGUAAAAACUCCGAAGCAGUUACACACGCAGCCUAUGAACCAAACAUGUAAAUAGUCAUAUGUAUUAUAGUAUUUAUUACUGUAUAUGUCGCUAUGGUUUCCGAAAUGUUUAUUAAUGGUAAGGAUGGAUUUAAAAUGUGCCUUUUUCUCGCACAACAAACUAAGGCACGCAACUCUAAAAGAGUGCUUCCUUUGUUCUUUGUGAUGAGUUUGAUUAUUAAGAUAACAAUUGUUAAAUCAUCCUAUUUUUUUUUCUUCCCUGUACACUUUUGUCAAUUGCCUUUUGAAUUAUAUAAAAUAAAUGUGUGCACAUCUGUAUACGAGAAUCACAACAAUGCCUUUUCACAGAAUAUGUAUUCAGAAGUUUUCGCUCUUGCUCCAUUGGGAAUAUCAUGUUUUUUUGUACACUUGUACCUGAAGUUAUUAAAGAAAAAAGACAUGUUGCUUUUGUUUGAUUAUAUUGCGUUAAACAGAUCAACUUAUUAUGUCUAAUAGUGUUAUGCAAUAUGAUUGUGAUACACACUGUAAGACAACCUUCAGGCAUUUUUACUGUUAAUAAUGAGGAUAGCUAUCCCUUUUAUAUUUCUUUGUGUAUGACACCCUUGUAGUGUUGCAGAUUAAUAAACAUGAAUGGUUUGUGGAA